AUGAAGCAUCAAAUAUUGGCAAGUAACCACAUCGGGUUCGCAUAUCGCCGUUGCGGCGAAGGUGGACUCUGGCAGGGCAGGAAGAUAGGUGAAGAGAGCUCACUGGGCUGGACAAAUUACACUCCAUGUUUUCCAUCAGAGGUCCAGAUUUUGUUCGUUAAGGUCUACGAGCAUGACAACGACGAUCAAGCCAAGCUCAAAUUUGAGAUCGCACAACGAACCCGACAUAUGGAGAUCGUCGGUUUCAGCAUUUCGUUAGUGGCUUUAACAAUUUCUCUCAUUAUAUUUUCACACUACAGGUCUCUUCGCAACAACCGCACACGGAUUCAUAAAAGCUUAUUCAUGGCUAUGGUAGUCCAGGUUCUAAUUCGAUUGACAGUAUACAUAGAUCAAGAGCUCGUCAGAAGCGUAGAAGGAGAUGAAUCAAAUUACGAAAACGCUACACUUCGCGGUAUUGAUAACAUGCCCUACGUUUGCGAAUCGUCAUACGUCAUGUUGGAGUACGCAAUUUCGGUUAUGUUCAUGUGGAUGUUUAUCGAGGGUUUGUACUUACACAACCUGGUGACAGCUAAUGCACUAAGAGAGAGGAUAUCCCAUCUAUUUUACUACGCCACAGGGUGGGGAUUGCCUCUCAUUGUCACAGCUGUAUGGGCCACGAUGACUGCCUUGCAUUAUUCUGAGGAAACAAUCAAAAGUUGCUGGUAUGGUUACAACUUUUCACCCUUGUACUGGAUUGUCCAAGCCCCCCGCCUGGCAGUCAUAAUGAUUAAUAUGGUUUUCCUUUUGAAUAUAAUGCGAGUGUUAAUCGUGAAGUUGCGCAAGAGUCAAAGCAGCGAAGUCGAAAAAGUUAGGAAAGCAGUACGUGCGGCUCUUGUACUACUCCCUCUACUGGGGAUCACCAACAUCCUAAACAUGAUCGAAGCGCCUCUCGACGGAACAGUGUGGGAAUUCGGCUUAUGGAGCUACAGCACCCACUUCCUGCGCUCGUUUCAGGGAUUUUUUAUAGCACUCAUCUAUUGUUUUCUCAACGGUGAGGUUCGUCAGGUAUUAAGGAAACAUUAUGAGAAUUAUAAGGCCAUGCACAUGGGUAAUUGUCGACAUCGCGAAUCCUUCUUUCACUUUUUAUCAAGCAGUGAUAAGUCAUCUCGGGCGCAUCGAGAUGAAUCGAAGGCACCUAUAGCAAUGAAAUAUCUUAAGUGGUUUAAGGGGCCCGCCACUCCGAUAAUCCCUCAAAUAACUGUAACGACUGUCGACGACGGGCCAGAAGCGAAAAUUAAAAUCCCCGAAAUCCCUGACACUGUGACUGAACAACCAAAAAACAACACAGCUGAUCAAAAAAUACAAACUCUGGAGAGCUAUGAGAAUUCUAUAGUUAUCGAAAGUACCGCUACUGCUGAAUUCCACGAUGAACAACCGUCUACUUCGUACCGGUGACCCAGCGAGAGCCUUCCUGGGUUCGGUAGAAGCAUGCGCGUCCUGACCGUGAUCCAUGAAGAAGAAUCGGAAUCGGAGUAAAAGAGGAUUUUUUCUUGUCACGUAUUCGUCUACCUUCGCAUUUCUUAUACGUGCGUGUCUGCCGCAUUUAAGAUUUUAGAAAUUAUUCGAAUAUAAGAUGCAUAUUUACAUCAAAUACUACAAACUUACACGGCUCUUUAUGUUACUGCAAGUACCAACUAUAAUAUAAAAUAGAUUCGCAUGUUGAACAAACUCCGCGUGACAGCAAAAACACUCGAAAGUUUUCAAAACACAAUUUCUAGUCUUACGAAGUGAACUUUGAAUGCAAUUUAAAGAAAACUUGAUAAAUACAAACCUAAGAUAUUUUUAAGAAUAUUUAUAAACGUUAUUUAAAAGGUACAUAAUUUCUAAGAACCCGUUUCCUUUCCAUAUAAAUUAAUUAUAGUGACCCUCUCCACUGAUCCUUUAGGUAUACGAGGAGGGCACAAUAACUUGUGCAAGCACAGGGACUUUCUAAGUUCAAAUCCUGACCCCGGAUCAGCCAGUGCACAUACAGGGUUGUCACAGACCGUUGUCACUGACUUCAUCCGGUUCUCAAUAGGCUAGUGCCUCGGGUGAGCCGCCCCGGCUGCAUGUACAGUACACUCCCUAUUUUCUUACCUAACAGUGUCGACAUAGCAUAAUAAGACAAGUAUGGUAACUCCGCACAAACGUAGCAGUGCGGUUUGCAUGUGUGCGCGCCCGCCGCGCGCCUUGUACGGUCGCACACAUUCGCUUAAUCUCACGAUGCACUUGCGUUACACAACACUGGUCGUCCCAAUGCAACGCGCAUAGAGAUAGGUUUUAACCCGAUAUAUAUCCAUCAAAGGAUAAACAUCCAAUAAAUAUCCGUUUUUAUUGAGAAUUAUAUUUAUCCUAAAACAUGGAUAUUUAUAUUUAGUGCUUUUUUAUAAUAAAAUUCAUUAGAAUUUAUUUUUUAUUAAAUAAUUACGUAGGAUUACAUCUCAUUUUGCCAUUGUUUUAUGCAACAAUACUGUUUUAGUACCUAAGUUUUUCGAGUCGAUAACAU